GGUGUCAGGAACCCUGGGUGACGCGUUGCAAGCAGGCCGCCCGGCUAUAGUGCAAUGUACCGCGCACGGCUCCAACCCACCCGCCGACCUGGCCUGGUGGCUGGACCAUAAGCAUCUCACGCAGCAUAGUAACCAGACCUUAGUAAACUCAACGGGCACCGCGAUAUCAUUUCUGCAGCUUUCGCCCGGAAUUUUAGACGACGGCGCCACCUCGCGUGCGUGGCGACCAACGUUGCAAUGGCGCCCAGUCGAGGCGCCAAAGCUGACUUAGUGAAACUCAACGUCACUUACAGCCCAAUCGUAGAGGUGUCAAUAGCAGGUGACGAGAACGGCAACAGAGUGGUGGAGUUAGACCCACUCCAUUUAGAGUGCGAGGUCAAAGCCAACCCGCCUGUGGAGAGGUUCCUCUGGUAUUUUGACGAUGUAGAAAUCCAACCCGGCGAUAUCUGGGGUACAAACACAACAUCACCGACGUUACUAGUGGAGGAGGUGUCAAGGCACCACGCGGGCCGAUACGCGUGCGAGGCCGUCAACAGUGUUGGCAGGACGAGGGCGCAGCAUGUCACUCUUAUUGUACAUUAUCCACCAGAAUGUGACAACGGCGUAGUCAUCGUUAAAGAAACCCUCCACUGCAGCGUAAAAGCGCUCCCCACCCCAGACACAUACUUCUGGCACAUCUACGCCACCGGAUUCGACGUUCAGCAACUAACCACUGGCUCGGCCAUCCUUCCACUGUCGCAAGUCACUGUCCCACUAUCCGUGACAGUGAAAGCAACUUGUGAGGCGAGCAAUGGAGUAGCAUCUCAGGAGAUGCCGUGUGAGAGAAUCCUGAGUUUAGAGCAUUUAAGGCCACAGCAGCCACAGCAGUGUGACUUGGCUUAUGAAUAUGAGGAGUUUCAGAUGAGAUGUGUUCCAGUGGAAAACGCCACCCACUACGAAGUAUCCGUCUGGCGCAUGUCCACCUCCAACACCUCGCUCGUCCUUGCGCACCGAGCGGCCAUGGGCUUCGGCUCCGGCCAGGCCAUGGCCCAGGGCGAGGCCCCCUGGCUGCUGCGCGGGGCCCUGGGGAAGCUUAAAGCGGGCGACGAAGCGGGGGCCUCGGCGUGUAACAGAUAUGGAUGCUCCAGAGCGCUGUUACUGCGGCCGACGGAGAAUCUACUCACGGCGUCUGCGCCGCCGUGGUGGGAAUUCCUCGUUGAAAAAGACGUAGCCAUAUCGGUCGGCGCAGUAGUGCUCAUCGCUGCGUUCUUCAUCUCCACGUUCCUAGUGGUCCGGCUGGCGCGACGCACACGGACCAAGCCGCCGGCACCUGUCAUACAGGUGUUGCAGCUUGACGACAUAGCGAGGGACUAUCUGGAUACUAUUGGAGAGAACAAAGUCCGAGCGUCGUGCAGCCUGCGUUCCUGCUCCAGUGCGUAUUCUGAAGGAUCCGAAACGAGUGCCCCGACUAUCGACCGGAGAAGAAAACCUCUGUGGAUAACUCAGUACGAAGCCCCGCCGCCAGAUGUCACUCUAACAUUGCAUAGGGAAAGUGCUGUGUAAAAAAAAUCUGUCUAUAUACUCUGUACUUUUAUACCUCUGCCACACUAUGCUCCUCGCGCUGCCCAUCGCGCUGUCGCGAUGUUGCCCUCUCUGGCCACACACUGGCCUACUCGCGCGAUUAUCGCACUAACGCCGUGGCUUGCGUGGGCGACGGUCGCGCGAUGGUCGCGCGACGGCGAUGCGACGCAUACGAAAUCAAACCUUAUCGAUAUGUAAGUAUGAGACGCG